AUGGGGUGGCCGCUGGCUCGCCUGGUGGCCGUCUGCCUGGCCUUGACCCUGGCCAGGGGCUCAGAGCUCCAGAGAGGCCGGCCCCGGAACCACGGCCACAGCGUCUGCAGCACCUGGGGCGCCUUCCACUACAAGACCUUCGACGGUGACGUCUUCCGCUUCCCCGGCCUCUGCGACUACAACUUCGCCUCCGACUGCCGGGAUGCCUACAAGGAGUUUGCCGUGCACCUGCGGCGGGGCGCGGGCACCGACGGGACCCAGCCCCGGGUGGAGUCCAUCCUGCUCACCAUCAAGGACGACGCCAUCUACCUCACGCACCAGCUGGCCGUGGUGAACGGAGCCAUGGUCAGCACCCCACACUACAGCUCCGGGCUGCUCAUCGAGAAGAACGAUGCCUACACCAAGGUCUACUCCAGGGCUGGCCUCACCCUCAUGUGGAACCGCGAGGACGCUGUCAUGCUGGAGCUGGACAGCAGGUUCCAGAACCACACCUGUGGCCUCUGCGGGGACUACAAUGGCCUGCAGACCUACUCAGAGUUCCUCUCCGAAGGCAUACGCUUCAGCGCCCUGGAGUUCGGGAACAUGCAGAAGAUCAACAGGCCAGGGGUGCCCUGUGAGGACCCGGUGGAGGAGCCAGCGCCCGAGUCCUGCUCUGAGCACCGAGCAGAGUGCGAGAGGCUUCUGACGGCAGCGGCCUUCGAGGACUGCCAGGCCCGGGUGCCAGUGGAGCUGUACGUGCGCGCCUGCAUGCAGGACCGCUGCCAGUGCCCACCAGGGGGCGCCUGCGAGUGCAGCACCGUGGCCGAGUUCUCCCGCCAGUGCUCCCACGCGGGGGGCCAGCCGGGGAGCUGGAGGACAGACUCGCUCUGCCCCAAGAGCUGCCCUGGGAACAUGAUUUACCUGGAAAGCGGCUCCCCCUGCAUGGACACCUGCUCACACCUGGAGGUCAGCAGCCUGUGUGAGGAGCACCGCAUGGACGGCUGCUUCUGCCCUGAAGGCACCGUGUACGAUGACAUCACGGGCAGUGGCUGCGUCCCCGUGAGCCAGUGCCACUGCCGGCUGCACGGGCGUCUGUACACGCCGGGUCAGGAGGUCAGCAAUGAGUGUGAGCAGUGCCUCUGCCACGCCGGCCGCUGGGUGUGCAAAGACCUGCCCUGCCCGGGGACCUGCGCGCUGGAGGGCGGGGCUCACAUCUCCACCUUUGAUGGGAAAAAGUUCACCUUCCACGGGGACUGCUACUACGUCCUGACCAAGGGGGAACACAACGACUCGUAUGCCCUGCUGGGCGAGCUGGCCCCGUGCGGCUCCACUGACAAGCAGACCUGCCUGAAGACCGUGGUGCUACUGACCGACAAGAACAAGAAUGUGGUGGCCUUCAAGUCAGAUGGCAGUGUGCUGCUCAAUGAGAUGGAGGUGACCCUGCCCCACGUGGCUGCGAGCUUCGCCAUCUUCCAACCCUCCUCCUACCACAUUGUUGUGAACACGGCGUUUGGGCUGCGGCUGCAGGUCCAGCUGGUUCCGGUCAUGCAGCUCUUUGUGACUCUGGACCAGGCUUCCCAGGGGCAGGUGCAGGGCCUCUGCGGGAACUUCAACGGCCUGGAGAGUGAUGACUUCAUGACGUCUGGCGGGCUGGUAGAGGCGACGGGUGCCGGCUUUGCCAACACCUGGAAGGCCCAGACGAGCUGCCAUGACAAGCUGGACUGGCUGGAUGACCCCUGCUCGCUCAACAUCGAGAGUGCCAACUACGCUGAGCACUGGUGCUCACUUCUGAGGAGGACUGAGACCCCCUUCGGCAAAUGCCACCUGGCCGUCGACCCCACGGAAUACUACAAGAGGUGCAAAUAUGACACGUGUAACUGCCAGAACAAUGAAGACUGCCUGUGCGCGGCCCUGUCCUCCUACGCCCGGGCCUGCGCGGCCAAGGGUGUCAUGCUGUGGGGCUGGCGGGAGCGUGUCUGCAACAAGGACGUGGACUCCUGCCCCACCUCCCAGGUCUUCCUGUACAACCUGACCACCUGCCAGCAGACCUGCCGCUCGCUCUCUGACGGGGACACCCACUGCCUCAAGGGCUUUGCGCCGGUGGACGGCUGCGGCUGCCCGGACCGCACCUUCCUGGACGAGAAAGGCCGCUGCGUGCCCCUGGCCAAGUGCUCCUGCUACCACCACGGUCUCUACCUGGAGGCCGGAGAAGUGAUCCUGCGGCAGGAGGAACGCUGUGUUUGCCAGAAUGGAAGGCUGAAUUGCAGGCAGGUCAAGUUGCUUAGCCAGAGCUGCCGGCCCCCGAAGAUCCUCGUUGACUGCAACAACCUGACGGCUCCCGCCACGCAGAGCCCCCGUCCGAGGAGCUGCCAGGCACUGGUGGCUGGCUAUUACCACACGGAGUGUGUCAGCGGCUGCGUGUGCCCCGGCGGGCUGCUGGAUGAUGGGCGCGGGGGCUGCGUGCAGGAAGAGGCGUGCCCAUGCAUGCACAACAAGGACCUGUACCGCCCGGGGGACCAGAUCAAGAUGGACUGCAACAACACCUGCACCUGCCAGAGGGGACGCUGGGCGUGCACGCAGUACGCGUGCCACGGCACCUGCUCCAUCUAUGGGAGUGGCCACUACAUCACCUUUGACGGGAAGCACUAUGACUUCGACGGGCACUGCUCCUACGUGGCUGUGCAGGACUACUGUGGUCAGAACUCCACCGGCUCCUUCAGCAUCAUCACCGAGAACGUGCCCUGCGGCACCACCGGCGUCACCUGCUCCAAGGCCAUCAAGAUCUUCAUAGGCGGCACGGAGCUGAAGCUGGAGGACAGGCACCGGGUGGUGAAGCAGCUGGAGGAGGGCCGCCACGUGGCCUUCCUCACACGGGAAGUGGGCCAGUACCUGGUAGUGGAGGCCAGCACCGGCAUCAUCCUCAUCUGGGACAAGAAGACCACGCUCUUCAUCAGGCUGGCUCCAUCCUACAGGGGCGCGGUAUGCGGCCUGUGCGGGAACUUCGACGGCCGCACCAACAACGACUUCACCACGCGGGACCACAUGGUGGUGAGCAGCGAGCUGGACUUCGGGAACAGCUGGAAGGAGGCUUCCACCUGCCCGGAUGUAAGCAGCACCCCGGACCCCUGCAGCGCGAACCCACACCGCCGCUCCUGGGCCCAGAAGCAGUGCAGCAUCAUCAAGAGCGGAGUGUUCAGCGGGUGCCACAGCAAGGUGGACCCCACUGUCUUCUAUGAGGCGUGCGUGCACGACUCCUGCUCCUGCGACUCAGGCGGGGACUGCGAUUGCUUCUGCUCGGCCGUGGCCUCCUACGCCCAGGAGUGCACCAAGGCUGAGGCCUGCGUCUUCUGGAGGACGCCAGACCUGUGCCCCAUCUUCUGCGAUUACUACAACCCCCCGGACGAGUGUGAGUGGCACUAUGAGCCGUGUGGGAACCGCAGCUUCGAGACCUGCAGGACCAUCAACGGCAUCCACUCCAACAUCUCUGUGUCCUACUUGGAGGGCUGCUACCCCCGGUGCCCGCAGGACAGACCCAUCUACGAUGAGGAGCUGAAGAAAUGUGUCACCGGGGACCAGUGUGGCUGCUACAUCGAGGACACCCACUACCCACCCGGAGCCCCCAUUCCCAGCGGGGACAUCUGCAUGUCCUGCACGUGCACAGAUUCCUCACAAAUCACCUGCCAGAUAGACGAAGGAAAAAUUGUCAACCAGACCCAGGACGGCGUGUUCUGCUUCUUGGACAUCUGUGGCCCCAACGGAACAGUGGAGCACCACUUCAACAUCUGUAACUCCUCCACCAGACCACCCUCGUCCACGCCAACCACCGCGGUCACCACGUCCUUCACCACCCCCACGCCCCUCACCACCACCACCCCCACCUCAACCCCCCGGACAGGUGAGCGGGACUGCUGCCUCUGGUCUGACUGGGUCAACGAGGACCACCCCGAGAGCGGGAGCGAUGGCGGCGACCACGAGACAUUCACAAAGAUCUGCCCCACUCCUCCUGAAGACAUCGAGUGCAGGUCAGCCGCGGAGCCCCACCUCAGCUGGAAGGACGUGGGGCAGAAGGUGUACUGCAACGUCACACAUGGCUUUGCUUGUGAGAAUGAAGAGCAGUUAGAAACACCAUUUAAUCUCUGUUAUGAUUACGAGAUGCGAGUCAAGUGUUGCUGGCCAGAAGAAGUCUGUGUGACGAGCACCUCACCUACAACCGUGACCACUAGAACCACCACCACAACAACCACCACCACAUCCACCACCCCACCAACAUCCACCCCACCAACCCCCCCGACUUCACCAACACCCACCACCCCACCAACCUCCACAUCCACCACUUCACCAACACCAACGCCAACACCUACCACCCUACCAACCUCCACAUCCACCACUUCACCAACACCCACCACCCCACCAACCUCCACAUCCACCACUGCACCAACACCCACCACCCCACCAACCUCCACAUCCACCACUGCACCAACACCAACGCCAACACCCACCACCCCACCAACCUCCACAUCCACCACUUCACCAACACCAACACCAACACCCACCACCCCACCAACCUCCACAUCCACCACUUCACCAACACCAACACCAACACCCACCACCCCACCAACCUCCACAUCCACCACCUCACCAACACCCACAGCCACCACCGCUCAGACAACAUGUUGUGCUGUUCCCACCUCAACCAGCACCUGGACACCAACCACCACAUCCACCACUUCAACACCAACACCCACACCCACCACCUCACCAACCUCCACAUCCACCACCUCUCCCACCCCACCAACCACCACUCCACCAACCUCCACAUCCACCACUUCAACACCAACACCAACACCUACCACCCCACCAACCUCCACAUCCACUACUUCAACACCAACACCUACCACUCCACCAACCUCCACAUCCAACACUUCACCAACACCUACCACCCCACCAACAUCCAUAUCCACCACUUCAACACCAACACCAACACCUACCACCCCACCAACAUCCACAUCCACUACUUCAACACCAACACCUACCACUCCACCAACAUCCACAUCCACUACUUCAACACCAACACCUACCACCCCACCAACAUCCACAUCCACCACUUCUCCCACCCCACCAACCACCACCCCACCAACAUCCACAUCCACCCCUUCAACACCAACACCAACACCAACAACUACCACUCCACCAACCUCCACAUCCUCCACUUCAACACCAACACCUACCACUCCACCAACCUCCACAUCCACCACCUCAACACCAACACCUACCACUCCACCAACCUCUACAUCCACCACUUCCCCAACACCAACACCAACACCUACCACUCCACCAACCUCCACAUCCAUUACUUCAACACCAACACCUACCACCCCACCAACCUCUACAUCCACCACUUCAACACCAACACCAACACCUACCACCCCACCAACCUCUACAUCCACCACUUCCCCAACACCUACCAUUCCACCAACCUCGACAUCCACCACUUCCCCAACACCAACACCCACCACCCCUGAAACAACCACAUCUACCACUUCCCCAACACCAACACCUACCACCCCACCAACCUCCACAUCCACCACUUCCCCAACACCAACACCAACACCUACCACCCCACCAACCUCCACAUCUACUACUUCCCCAACACCAACACCAACACAUACCACCCCACCAACCUCCACAUCCAUCAGUUCACCAACACCUACCACCCCACCAACCUCCACAUCCACCACUUCUCCAAUGCCAACACCUACCACCCCACCAACCUCCACAUCCACCACUUCACCAACACCAACACCAACACCUACUACCCCACCAACCUCCACAUCUACUACUUCUCCAACACCAACAUCCACCAUCCCUGAAACGAUCACAUCCACCACUCCCCCAACACCAACACCAACACCUACCACCCCACCAACCUCCACAUCUACUACUUCUCCAACACCAACACCCACAGUACCUGAAACGACCACAUCCACCACUUCCCCAACACCAACACCAACACCAACACCUACCACCCCACCAACCUCCACAUCUACCACUUCACCACCACCAACGCCAACACCUACCACCCCACCAACCUCCACAUCCACCACUUCACCAAUACCAACACCAACACCUACCACCCCACCAACGUCUACCUCCACCACUUCACCAACACCAACACCAACACCUACCACCCCACCAACCUCUACAUCCACCACUUCACCAACACCAACACCAACACCCAUGACCCCACCAACCUCCACAUCCACUACUUCACCAACACCUACCACCCCACCAACCUCCACAUCCACCACUUCACCAACACCAACGCCAACACCUACUACCCCACCAACCUCCACAUCCACCACCUCAUCAACACCAACAACAACACCCACCACCCCACCAACCUCCACAUCCACCACUUCACCAACACCAACGCCAACACCCACCACCCCACCAACAUCCACAUCCACCACUUCACCAAUACCAACACCAACACCCACCACCCCACCAACCUCCACAUCCACCACUACACCAACACCAACACCAACACCCACCACCCCACCAACCUCCACAUCCACCACUGCACCAACACCAACACCAACACCCACCACCCCACCAACCUCCACAUCCACCACUUCACCAACACCCACAGCCACCACCCCACCAACCUCCACAUCCACCACUUCACCAACACCUACCACCCCACCAACCUCCACAUCCACCACUUCUCCAAUGCCAACACCUACCACCCCACCAACCUCCACAUCCACCACUACACCAACACCAACACCAACACCUACCACUCCACCAACCUCCACAUCUACCACUUCACCAACACCCACAGCCACCACCGCUCAGACAACAUGUUGUGCUGUUCCCACCUCAACCAGCACCUGGACACCAACCACCACAUCCACCACUUCAACACCAACACCCACACCCACCACCUCACCAACCUCCACAUCCACCACCUCUCCCACCCCACCAACCACCACUCCACCAACCUCCACAUCCACCACUUCAACACCAACACCAACACCUACCACCCCACCAACCUCCACAUCCACUACUUCAACACCAACACCUACCACCCCACCAACAUCCACAUCCAGCACUUCAACACCAACACCAACACCAACACCUACCACCCCACCAACAUCCACAUCCACUACUUCAACACCAACACCUACCACCCCACCAACCUCCACAUCCACCACCUCAACACCAACACCUACCACUCCACCAACCUCAACAUCCACCACCUCUCCCACCCCACCAACCACCACUCCACCAACCUCCACAUCCACCACUUCAACACCAACACCAACACCUACCACCCCACCAACCUCCACAUCCACCACUUCAACACCAACACCUACCACCCCACCAACAUCCACAUCCACCACUUCUCCCACCCCACCAACCACCACCCCACCAACAUCCACAUCCACCACUUCAACACCAACACCAACACCAACAACUACCACUCCAGCAACCUCCACAUCUUCCACUUCAACACCAACACCUACCACUCCACCAACCUCCACAUCCACCACUUCAACACCAACACCAACACCUACUACUCCACCAACCUCCACAUCCACCACCUCUCCCACCCCACCAACCACCACUCCACCAACCUCCACAUCCACCACUUCAACACCAACACCAACACCAACACCUACCACCCCACCAACCUCCACAUCCACUACUUCAACACCAACACCUACCACCCCACCAACAUCCACAUCCACCACUUCUCCCACCCCACCAACCACCACCCCACCAACAUCCACCACUUCAACACCAAUACCAACACCAACAACUACCACUCCACCAACCUCCACAUCUUCCACUUCAACACCAACACCUACCACUCCACCAACCUCCACUUCCACUACUUCCCCAACACCAACACCAACACCUACCACUCCACCAACCUCCACAUCCACCACUUCUCCCACCCCACCAACCACCACCCCACCAACAUCCACAUCCACCACUUCAACACCAACACCAACACCAACACCUACCACUCCACCAACCUCCACAUCCACCACUUCCCCAACCCCAACACCAACACCCACCACUACACCAACCUCCACAUCCACCACCUCACCAACACCAACACCAACACCCAGCACCCCUGAAACGACCACAUCCACCACUUCCCCAACACCAACACCAACACCUACCACCCCACCAACCUCCACAUCCACCACUUCACCAAUACCAACACCAACACCUACCACUCCACCAACCUCCACAUCCACAACUUCACCAAUACCAACACCAACACCUUCCACUCCACCAACCUCCACAUCCACCACUUCUCCCACCCCACCAACCACCACCCCACCAACAUCCACAUCCACCACUUCAACACCAACACCAACACCAACACCUACCACUCCACCAACCUCUACAUCCACCACUUCCCCAACACCAACACCAACACCUACCACCCCACCAACCUCCACAUCCACCACCUCACCAACACCAACACCAACACCCAGCACCCCUGAAACGACCACAUCCACCACUUCCCCAACACCAACACCAACACCUACCACCCCACCAACCUCCACAUCCACCACUUCACCAAUACCAACACCAACACCUACCACUCCACCAACCUCCACAUCCACAACUUCACCAAUACCAACACCAACACCUUCCACUCCACCAACCUCCACAUCCACCACUUCACCAACACCAACACCUACCACUCCACCAACCUCCACAUCCACAACUUCCCCAACACCAACACCAACACCCACCACCCCACCAACCUCCACAUCCACCACUUCAUCAACACCAACACCUACCACCCCACCAACCUCCACAUCGACCACUUCACUAACACCAACACCAACUCCUACCACUCCACCAACCUCCACAUCCACCACUUCAACACCAACACCAACACCAACUACCACUCCACCAACCUCCACAUCCACCACUUCAACACCAACACCUACCACUCCACCAACCUCCACAUCCACCACCUCAGCACCAACACCUACCACUCCACCAACCUCUACAUCCACCACUUCCCCAACACCAACACCAACACCUACCACCCCACCAACCUCCACAUCCACCACUUCAACACCAACACCUACCACUCCACCAACAUCCACAUCCACCACUUCAACACCAACACCAACACCAACAACUACCACUCCACCAACCUCCACAUCCACCACUUCAACACCAACACCUACCACCCCACCAACCUCCACAUUCACCACUUCAACACCAACACCUACCACCCCACCAACAUCCACAUCCACCAUUUCAACACCAACACCAACACCAACAACUACCACUCCACCAACCUCCACAUCCACCACUUCAACACCAACACCUACCACUCCACCAACCUCUACAUCCACCACUUCCCCAACACCAACACCAACACCUACCACCCCACCAACCUCCAUAUCCACCACUUCAACACCAACACCUACCACCCCACCAACCUCCACAUCCACCACUUCAACACCAACAUCUACCACUCCACCAACCUCUACAUCCACCACUUCCCCAACACCAACACCAACACAUACCACCCCACCAACCUCCACAUCCACCACUUCAACACCAACACCUACCACCCCACCAACCUCCACAUCCACCACUUCAACACCAACACCUACCACCCCACCAACCUCCACAUCCACCACUUCAACACCAACACCUACCACCCCACCAAUAUCCACAUCCACCAUUUCAACACCAACACCAACAACUACCACCCCACCAACCUCCACAUCCACCACUUCAACACCAACACCUACCACUCCACCAACCUCUAUAUCCACCACUUCCCCAACACCAACACCAACACCUACCACCCCACCAACAUCCACAUCCACCACUUCAACACCAACACCAACACCAACACCUACCACCCCACCAACCUCCACAUCCACCACUUCAACACCAACACCUACCACCCCAUCAACCUCCACAUCCACCACUUCAACACCAACACCUACCACCCCACCAACCUCCACAUCCAUCACUUCACCAACACCAACACCAACACCUACCACCCCACCAACCUCCACAUCCACCACUACACAAACACCCACCACCCCAUCAACCUCCACAUCCUCAACUUCUGCAACACCAACACCCACCGUCCCUGAAACAACCACCGUCACCACUUCUCCAACACCAAGAACUACGACUCCGCCAACCUCCACACCUUCCACCCCAAAGACUGCAACUCUGACCUCUCCCACCAGUACGGCCACCACCACAGGUAAGCUACCCCACCCACCCACCCGCACACCCUCCUCCAAGACCACCCCCACCGGCGGGACCCCGACUGAGUCGUCCGCAUCCACCCCCAGACCACCCUCGACAGCCUCUCCCCCUCCGAGCACCCCGCGGACCACCAGCACCUCGGUCUUCUCUACAGGCACGGUCAGCCCGCUCACCUCUCCCAGCACCAGCUGGGUCAGCCGCUCCACGCAGAUCACCUGCUGCGUCCUGGAUGACAUGUUCUAUGGCCCAGGAGAGGUGAUCUAUAACAAAACCUCCGGCGGCAACUGCUAUCAUGUGAACUGCACCACCGACUGCAUAGUCUACACGACUGUCUGGCCCUGCCCGUCCACCCCCGUGCCCCCCUCCACCCCCCCCACCAGCACCCCCACCCCCACCUCCUCCACCACCACCAGCCCCACCCCUACCCCCUCCACCACCACCAGCCCCAGCACGCCGCCGCCCCCAGACUGCCCAGACUUCGAUCCUCCGAGACAGGUGAACGAGACCUGGUGGUUGUGCGAAUGCUACAUGGCCACGUGCAAGUACAACAACACGGUGGAGAUCGAGAAGGUGGAGUGUGAUCCCCCGCCCAAGCCCACAUGCUCCAACGGUCUGCCGCCGGUGCGCGUGGAGGACCCUGACCGCUGCUGCUGGCACUGGGAGUGCGACUGUUACUGCACCGGCUGGGGUGACCCGCACUACAUGACCUUCGACGGCUUGUACUACAGCUACCAGGGCAACUGUACCUACGUGCUGGUGGAGGAGAUCUCCCCCACCGUGGACAACUUCGGGGUGUACAUCGACAACUACCACUGUGACGUCAACGACAAGGUGUCCUGUCCCCGCACGCUCAUUGUGAGGCACGAGACCCAGGAGGUGCUCAUCAAGACCACGCAGAUGACGCCCAUAAAGAUGCAGGUGCAGGUCAACAAGCAGGCCGUGGCGUUGCCCUUCAAGAAGUACGGGGUGCAGGUGUAUGAGUCCGGCAUCAACUUCAUGGUGAACAUCUCCAGGCUGGGCGCGCUCAUCUCCUACAAUGGCCUGUCCUUCUCCAUCAGGCUGCCCUACCAGCUGUUUGGCAACAACACCAAGGGCCAGUGCGGCACCUGCACCAACAACACCGCAGACGACUGCAUGCUGCCCAGUGGGGAGGUCAUCUCCGACUGCGAGCUGGCCGCCGACCAGUGGUUGGUGAACGACCCCUCCAAGCCACACUGUCCCCACGCGGGCUCAACCACCGCGCGCCCCUCCACCACCACUUCGGGACUCAAAACGCCCCGGCCCAAGGACUGCCCCGGCUCUCCGCUCUGCCAGCUCAUCAAGGACAGCCUGUUUGCGCCCUGCCACGCUGUGGUGCCCCCCCAGCACUACUACGAGGCCUGCGUCUUUGACAGCUGCUUUGUGCCCCGUGGAGGCCUGGAGUGCGCCAGCGUGCAGAUCUAUGCGGCCCUCUGUGCACAGGAGGGCAUCUGCAUCCCCUGGCGGAACCACACCGGCGGGGCCUGCCCCAUGGCGUGCCCGGCUCACAGGGAGUACCAGGCCUGCGGCCCCAUGGAAGAACCCACCUGCCAGUCCAGGUAUGCGCAGGAGUCCCCAAGCCUGGUGGAAGGCUGCUUCUGUCCCAAAGGCACCAUCAACUACGCCCCUGGCUUUGACGUUUGCGUGAAGACGUGUGGCUGCAUGGGACCCGACAAUGUGCCCAGAGAGUUUGGGGAGCACUUCACAUUCGACUGCAAGGACUGCGUCUGCCUGGAGGGGGGGAGAGGCAUUGUCUGCCAGCCCCGCGUGUGCAGCCAGAGGGGCGCCUCCCAGUGCACAGAGGAUGGCACCUACCUGGUCACCGAGGUCAACCCGGCCGACACCUGCUGCAGCAUCUCCUCUUGCAGGUGCAACACCAGCCUCUGCCGGGAGGAGCCCCCCGCUUGCCUGCUGGGCUUCGAGGUGAAGAGGAGGGUCGUACCUGGACGGUGCUGUCCAGUCUACUCCUGUGUGCCCAAGGGAGUGUGUGUGCACCAGAAUGCGGAGUACCAGCCUGGCUCCCCAGUGUACUCCUCCAAGUGUGAGGACUGCGUGUGCACCCAUGCCGUGGACAACAGCACCCAGUUCAACGUCAUCACCUGCACCCAUGUGCCCUGCAACAGCUCCUGUAGCCCUGGCUUUGACCUCGUGGACGUCCCUGGUGAGUGCUGCAAGAAGUGCCAGCAGACACAGUGCGUGGUGGAGAGGCCCAAUGGCCAGUUCAUCAUCCUAGAGCCCGGGGAAACGCAGGCAAACCUGGACGACAAGUGUACCUUCUUCAGCUGCACGAAAAUCAACAACCAGCUCACCUCCUUCGUCUCCAAAAUCAUGUGCCCUGAGUUCGACAGCAGCAGCUGCGUGCCGGGCUCCAUCACAUUCAUGCCCAACGGCUGCUGUAAGACCUGCAUCCCCCGCAAUGAGACCGCAGUUCCCUGCUCUACCAUCCCCGUCACAAAGGAGAUCUCCCAAGAUGGCUGUGCCAAGAAUGUCAGCAUGAACUACUGCUCCGGGUCCUGUGGGACGUUUGCCAUGUACUCCGCCCACGUGCAGUCCCUGGACCACAAAUGCUCUUGCUGUAAGGAGUACAAGACCAGCCAGCGCCAGGUGAUCCUGGACUGCCCCGACGGCCGCUCGCUGGCGCACACCUACACGCACAUCGAGAGCUGCCUGUGCCAGGACACCCUCUGCGCGCUGCCCCAGCCUCGGCAGAGCCGGGCCCGACGCUCCAGCCCUCAGCUGCUGGGAAGGAAAUGA